GGAAAGGGGAAAAAAAACAGAAGUUGUCAAUUCGCAGCCAAGCCUUGCUGCCACAGGGGCCGUGAGCUUGUGUCCGUUGCGGCUGUCGGUUCGCAGUCAGGAUGUGUGCUUGUCGCCGUUGUGACGGUUGAUUUGAGGCCAGGCUUGAGCUUGCAAGCUCACUGCGGUGUUGAGUUUGCUCUGAGAGACGAGAUAAAAGAAUGAAAAAUUGGUUCUGUUUAAUUUUGAGUAGAUAAGAAAAUGUUAAUUCAUCUUUUUAAAAAUUAUUUUUUCUGUGUAAAUUAAAACAUUUGAAAGAUGACGCAUCUAACAUUUGAGGAUUACAUCUGAACAUUUUUCAGAAAGAGCGUGACUAUGUUCUAAGAAUUCUAAAGAGAGAGUGUUGGAAAUUUUAAAAUAAGAGGUGUUUUCUGGGCAUUUUUCAGAGUAAAUGGCAACGUUCAGAAAACGUACUUUUGGCUAUUUUUCGGAGAAGUGACAUUAUUUAGAAUGGACAUUUUAUUCCCACUCACCCAACCGACGACGAUUGGAGUUAGUUCUCUAGAAAGAGCCGUUUGAUAGCGCAAACAACGAGGAAGUGCGAAUGCUGCUCGAUUUCCUCUUCCCGUCGUGUUGGGAGGUCAAGGUGGCGCUCUCCUCUGCCCUCCUCGUGAUCGCUGCCUUCUUAACCUGGGGGAAUACUUACGCGCACGCAGCCCUCAGUCGAAGGAGCGAUCACCCUCGGCCUCGCCGUGGAAAUAAAACAACGACGGCCGAGACCACAGAGAUUGUUCUUGAACGCGAGGACUACAAGGAGACGCUUCUGUCAGAAGAAGAUUCACCGUAUUCUGCAUACUUGGUUAAGUUGGAAUUACUAGCUGGCAAGAACCUAUCUGGAUCAAACCUGGAUGGCACAUCAGACGCAUAUGCGAUCAUUACUUGUGGCAGUCAAACAAAAUAUAGGCAAGUGUUGUCAAUUUUGUCGAGCAUUUUAAUCUUCUGCUAUUCUUGA